CCAUCUCAAGACCCCAAUGUAUUUCUUCCUUCGUAAUUUCUCUUUCCUGGAAAUAUCAUUCACAACUGCUUGCAUCCCCAGAUUUCUAAUCACCAUUCUAAGCAAGGAAAAGACCAUUUCCUAUAACGGUUGUGCAUUUCAGAUGUUUUUUUAUAUCUUUUCUGGGGUUACAGAGUUUUUCCUUCUGGCUGCUGUGUCCUAUGACCGCUACGUUGCCAUCUGCAAACCCUUGCAUUAUACAUCCAUCGUGAGCAGCAGACUUUGUCACCAGCUUGUACUCAGCUCUUGGGUAACUGCCUUCUUGGUCAUUUUCCCUCCACUCACUUUGGGUCUUAAUCUGGAUUUCUGUGCUUCCAAUAUCAUUGACCAUUUCAUUUGUGACAUUUCUCCUGUCCUGCAACUUUCUUGCUUAGACACACAUUUACUAGAAUUGAUUGGUCUUUUAACAGCUCUGAUGUCACUCAUUGUCACCUUGUUAUUAGUAAUCAUUUCUUACUCUUACAUUAUCAAGACAAUUCUAAAAUUCCCUUCAGCUCAGCAAAAGAAAAAAGCCUUUUCCACUUGCUCUUCACACAUGAUUGUUGUCUCCAUCACUUAUGGCUGUUGUACAUUCAUCUACAUAAAACCAUCAGCAAAUGAGUUACUUUAA